CUAACAGAAAGACAGGACACUUUUUAGUCUUCCUCUUCUCACUCACCGACAUGGCCGCUCAUCUCAGCGCUCUUCUCAUCUUCGCUGGACUCACAGGAAUUCACAGCGUUACGACUGUCAGUAAAGUGCCAGUGAGGACUGGAGGCUCCAUCUCUGUCCCAUGUUUCUAUGAGUCUAAAUACAGAAACCAUGCGAAGUACUUGUGUCAAGGAUAUCGAUGGAGUUCCUGCUCCUACACAGUUAAAACCAAUGAACCAAGACGUUCAGGACGUUUUUCAAUCUCUGAUGACAAACAGCAAAGAAUCUUCACUGUGACUAUAGAUCGCGUGACUCUUUCUGAUUCUCAUUACUGGUGUAUUGUGGAGAUAAACAAUGGGGCAGAUGAUGGGAAAAGGUUUCAGCUUUCAGUCACUGCAGGUCGGCCCCUGCUCUCCGUGGAUUAUCAGGAGGUUACAGGAUUUAUUGGAGGAGAUGUUGCUAUCCGCUUUACCUAUUCUAACAGAGGAGAAAUUCGGUGGUGCAGACUGGGAGGGUCCUGUAUAAAGGAGCCACAUGGAUCAAUAGAUGGUACAAGAGUGACCAUUGAUCUAAAAAACCCUGACGUUUUCAAUGUGACUCUGAAGAGACUGAGGGCAGAGAGCAGCGGCUGGUAUUACUGCGCCAAAGGAGACGUACGGAUGCCUGUGCGUGUUACUGUUAAAGAGAGACCGAUCACCACCACAAUAACAACCACAGAAAUAACAACACAGUUAACGAACAUUUCUCUCCAACCUGUGAAUCACACGUCAGCCUUUGCAAAUACCACAUCUGAGAAGCAAUCAGAAAGGGGUCCUGAUUACCUACUGCGUUUCAUCAUUCCUGCGAGUGUACUCAUCGUCAUUGUGUUAGUGGCCUUGAUCUUCUGGUGUGUUUUGAGACAACACAAGCUGAAAAAAGCACAAUCAUCAGCUGCAGCAAAGGCUGAAGCGGAACUAACAUACAGUGUUAUUUCACACAGGAGACCAAAUAUGGAGAAGCAGGAUCCGGCACCAGAUGAGCAUGUUACGUACAGCACAUUAGCUCAACAUUAAAUGUAAUCACUGUGAUAGCUUCGUAUGAAUAGAAGUGACAAACCAAGCACAUUUAUAGAUUCAUGUACAUUGUGACUUUUUGCUGCGUGUUAGUUUUAAAAAAAAAAAGUCUUUCCUCUGUUAUUUUGCGGUUUUCUACACCUUCUCCCGUGAGCUCUUCGGCUGGCUGCCCGAUGUGUCACAGCAGCAGCAACCUGUUAAAGUGUUAAAGUACAAGCUUGUGGUGUGAAGUGCCUCAGCUCCAAGUGUUAGAUAUAAAUCAUGUUUUACUUACUUUUUUUUAACUAAAUUACUCUAUACCAGCAACAUAAAGAUGGAAGUAAAAAAAAGCAAGACAAUAGUUUGAAAUGUACAGAAGCCCUAAGAGGACAUUCAUUCAGAACUUUGACUUUUUAGUGUCUUGUUCUGACAAUGCUGGUUUUCCCGUGAUAAUGAGAUAAUUUCAGCUUUCCUCUCGAGAUCUACAGAAAUGAACUCGUUAUCGCAGGAAAACCAGCAUCCAGGCUUUCAGACAAGAUGCAACAGCUCCUUAUAUGAUCUAAAGUACAAUUCUUACACUUCAGUUAAAAACAUUUAAUUUCAAAACCUGACAGUUGUUUCUGCUUCCUGUUUGUUAUGUCAAGCCAGCACAAAGCAGUGCUGUAUCCGUAGUCACAAACAUUCUGAGAAUCCUCUCAGAGACCUCCUAACUCAGCUUAGAAAAUGCUAGCAAGGACUUUUACAUCAGGGGCCGUAUUCAGAUGUAUAUGUUAUAUAAACUUUAAGCAGUUUAAGAACUUUUAGUAAGUAUA